AUGUCCAAACCCGUUGGCAUUCCACCUCGCACGCCCUUGAAAUCAUCCGCUUCCACACAGACAUCGAGAAUGAGGACCCAGCAACGCCACUCGUCGGCACGUACCGUAUACAGCCAUGACGCAAAGGCACUGCCACCCGCCGUUGCUGCCUUGCUCGCCGUCACGACUAUCCCCAAGAUGCCUGCUCGCCGACGACAACGCAGCACAAUGGAUAGGAGGAUAUCCAUGGAUGAGCUGAUACAGGAGUGGAGGCAGGAAGACUCAGACACUCCAUCCUCACUGUCGGGCUCUCCCAUGGACCUGCUGCUCGGUCGCGUCGACGAGUCGGAUGACGAGUACAGCAGUGGCAUGAGCAUGGAACAGGAAAAGGCCUCCUUCUUGACAUCCAGGUCCAUCUCCAGCGACUCCAUCUCCCUACCCCCGUCACUGGACUAUGAGAAUCCAUCCUACGCUUCCCACUGGGACAACAUUAGCACACCAGACUCGAUUGGCCGCAAGUCACUACCGGAACGUAAAGAGAAGGUGGUUUCAUCCCCACCAAAAGAGGACUGCAUUCUCGACCAUCCCCUUCUUCACUUUGGACCCGACGACUGCGAGGACAUCAUCGCGACCAACAUCAACGAUACCGCUCCGCCCGCGCCUCCAGCCGAGCGAUUCAGAUCAUUCAAGUCUAACCUAACCGCUUCCCUCCAGGCCCUCAAGUCAGCCGCCAAGUCCUUUUCCAACUUUACAGCCCCCAGCGUGCCCCCGGAUGACUUCCUCACGCGAUCACUCCUAUCACCCAAUUUCACCAGCGAGAUGCGGCCAAAGAUGGUCGAUGGCCUGCCAUCGCCCGAAUUGCGACGUUAUCUCAACCCGCAGCCUGCACCAAUCUCAGCAACCGAAUUAUCAAUGCAUCUCCACGACUCCUUCACCCUCGAUACCGAUCUCGACCCCCACGCGCCUAUGAUUCAACUGCAGACAUAUGAGCGGCGUGGUCGUGCACAAAAGUCGCGCCGCAGUCGUGCCGCGGAUCCGCUUUCCGAAGCUGGAAGGGUCCUGUCUAAUGACGCACCAACCGUUCGGCAGCGCGAGCCCCGUGAGAACAGCGACUUUCUACGUGUCAUUGUUCUCGAGAUGAACAUGCGCCGCGUAGGCAAGCUCGACGCAAAGGCCGUCGGCAAGGCGCGGAUCUGGCUCCCACCCAGAAAGCCUGCUCCCACUCAACCACCUUCGCGUCACGGUUCAAACCGCGUUCCCCUUCGAUGGAUUCCAAUCAAUUCAUCCUGA